AUGUUGGGGUGGUCGUUUAUGGGCCGCACUCAUUGCACUGAAGACUCCACAGGAAAGUUCUCUUGCAUCACAGGUGACUGUGGUUCUGGCAAACUAGAAUGUCUAGGCAACGGCGCAGCUCCUCCUGCGACGUUGGCAGAGUUCAAGCUCGAUGGUUAUGGUGGACUUGAUUUUUUUGGUGUUAGUGUUUUUGAUGGCCUCAACCUGCCUUUGCUUGUUGUGCCUUCUGAUCAGAAUUGUAGAAGCGCAGGAUGCUUGAGGGAUUUGAAUGGAGCAUGUCCUUCACAGCUUAAGUUUAAUAGUUCCAACAGGGAGAUCGUGGCGUGCAAGGAUGAGUGCCAAGCCUUUGGGUCACCACAGUAUUGUGCAUCAGCCGAUUACCAAAUUAUCUUCUGCGCAGCAAAAAAUACAAGUCCGAGAAGACUUUUGGCAUACAACUCCAUCAAAAGCAACAUAAAGAAUUCUUAUCCUGCUACUGUUUACAAAAAAGAAACAGCAAAGGUAAACAAAGCUGAGACAGCAACAGUAACGGUAAAUGCCACAGCUCCUAGCCGCACAAAGCCGGAAGAUAAAACACCGAGCCCUUCGCCAAGCACAAACACCACACCAGUUGAUACAAGAAACAAUUCUCAGCCAACAUCAGGGGAGAUAACACCUAGCCCUUCACCGGAAGACAGAAAACCAAGACAACGUUUAGCACCAAAUAUAUCACGAAUUAUAGCUAGUGCGAUGUUCACAAUUUCUGUUGUAGUAAUCAUCGUAAGGGCAAGACGGUGGAUGAAGGCUAAAAAAUCAAAGAAGGACGUGGAAGAUGAUCAAAUAAACCAAGUUCCAGGAAUGCCUGUGAGGUUUUCAUAUGAAGAUCUACGCAUCGCAACGGAUGAUUUCAGGGAAACACUUGGAAGAGGAGGGUUCGGUUCUGUGUUCAAAGGAGUACUAGCAGAUGGAACAGGAAUUGCCGUAAAGCGUUUGGAUAGAUUAGGCCAAGGAAAGAGGGCAUUUUUAGCAGAAGUUGAGACAAUUGGAAGCUUGCACCAUUUUAACUUGAAAGAAACUGUCUACAUUGUGGAUCACUUAGAUGAAGACAUGCAGAGUGAUACAGAAGAAAUAAUCAGAAUGAUAAAGAUUGCUGCUUGGUGUUUGCAAGAUGACCCAGAAAGUAGGCCCCUCAUGUCCACAGUUGUGAAAGUAUUGGAGGGUGUAAUGGAGGUAGAUUCAAACCUGGUGUAUAAGUUUUUACAUGCACUGACAUCUUCUCCUCUUGCUAAUCAACAUAUUUCUUCCGCACCAAUGCCAGCAUCUGUUCUUUCUUAUCCAAGAUGA